AUGAAGUCCGCAACCUUCGCCACAGCGGCGGCCAUGGCUGUCACGCCCUUCGCUGCUGCUGGGCUCAUCUCAGACCGUGCUCCUGCCGCCACUUGUCGUUGUCUCCCCGGCGAUGCCUGUUGGCCUGCGACAUCCUCAUGGGACAGUCUCAAUAGCACCGUUGGCGGCAAGCUCAUUGCUACCGUUCCCAUCGGCUCCGUGUGUCAUGACCCAACAUACGACGAGGCCGCCUGCACGGCUUUGCGCGACUCCUGGGUCCUUCCGCAGACACACUUUCCUUCGUCGUCCUCGGUGAUGCAGGCCUACUUCGCAAACCAGUCUUGCGAUCCCUUCACCGACCGGACUACGCCGUGUCGGCUGGGCAACUAUGUCAACUACGCCGUCGAGGUCACCUCUGCUCAGGACGUUGCGGAGACCGUCAAGUUUGCGCGCAACAACAAUAUUCGCUUUCUUGUCCGCAACACUGGUCAUGAUCAUCUUGGCCGAUCCACCGGUGCGGGAGCACUGGCUGCCUGGACCCACAAGCUCAAGGAGAUCACCGUGACUGAGUGGUCGGACGACCUGUGGAAAGGACCCGCCAUCAAAAUGGGCGCCGGCGUGCUCGGAUACGAAGUCACGGAAGCUGGGAAGACUGCCGGCCUUGUCGUUGUUGGCGGCGAGUGUCCUACUGUCGGCCCUGCUGGCGGAUACAUCCAGGGUGGCGGCCACUCCGCCCUGACGACUAACUUCGGCCUGGCUGCUGAUCAGACGCUCGAGUUCGAGGUCGUCACCGCCAACGGGUCGAUCGUUACUGCCUCUCGUACUCAGAAUGCCGACCUCUUCUGGGCUCUUAGUGGUGGCGGCCCUGGGACAUUCGGCGUUGUCACAUCGGUCACCGUUCGAGCUCACCCCGAGGCACCCAUCAUUGGAGGCGUUGGCUUGCAGACCGCAGCCUCUUACACUACCCAGGAAAAGUGGUGGCAAAUGCUGGACGCCUUCCACGGACUCCUCCCAGGCAUGACCGACCAAGGCGCAAUGGUAGUCUUCCUGUACGGGAGCUCCGUCUUUGCUAUCAACCCUCUUACGGCCUACAACAAGACCGCCCAGCAGGCACAGGCUAUCCUCAACCCAUUCCUUGACGUUCUUGCCAACCUGUCUAUCCCAUACUCCCUGUCUGCUACCAACUUCAGCAGCUACCGCGACCACUACAACCAGUGGAUGGGCCCUCUCCCUUACGGUCACGUCGAGGUCGAGUCUUACAACUUCGGUUCCCGCCUUGUACCACGCAACAUCCUCACAGACACAGCCUCCCGUGCUAAAUACAUCUCUGCCAUCCGUUAUGGCGCCGACAACGCUAGCGUUCUGGCAGCGGGAGUGGCCCUCAACGCCAGCGCUCCUGCUGGCGUCUCUAACGCCGUGAACCCGCACUUCCGCAACGCUGCGAUCCACGUGCAGUACUCUACGGCUUGGAGCAACGAUCCCGCGGACUGGGACAAGAUGCUUGCGGACCAGAAGCGCAUGACUGAUGAGAUCAUCCCGCCUAUCGAGGCGGCCACCCCAGGCAGCGGCAACUACGUCAACGAGGUCGACUUCAACAUUCCCGACUGGAAGGAGAAGUUCUUUGGCAGUAACUAUGGCCGCCUCCUCCAAAUAAAGCGCAGAUGGGACCCCGAGGGCGUGUUCUACGCGCUCAAGACGGUCGGCAGCGAUGCCUGGAAUGUUGCGGCUAAUGGCAGGAUGUGCCGCGCAUAA